AUGCAUUUUCAACCCUCUACGGGCAGUCGUGUGGCAAUAAUCCUGGGAUUCAUUGGGGUCGGCGGCGGUGGCGAAUGGCAGCGACUACGUCGAGCGCGGGGCGCUGAGUUUCCGCCCGCGCGCCUUGUCUGCACCGCGCGAGCUGUCAAACCGCCUCCGACAGGCACCCGGCUCGAACGCUCCUACAUACCGCACCAACCGCGAUCGUUUGGUUGUUCACGGCUACUGACAGUGUGUGAUUUGUUUCACUCGCAUGACGGACAUCAGCUGCAGGACAUGAACGGCAGUACGACGACGGUGAAUGGCGGCGCCGUCAAUGGUACCAACGGACCCCUCAAUGGUAUCGGAGCAGCUCCUCGAACAGCGACACUUGGAACACCGAAUAGUUACGCGUAUACGUCCAGCGGUUCUUUACUUGGUCGAGGAGGUUCCGCUAGACCGGUACCUCCUCCGACACUCCCAAAAUAUAGUGGAUCGUUUAAUGCAGGAAGCAAUCUCAGUGCAACAGGACUCAGAGAACGCGACAGAGAAGGAACAGGUGGAUCUCAUCGACUGGCUAGCCUUGAAAGAUUAGCGCUCCGCCAGCGCAUUAUUGAACAGAGCUCUAACAACCAGGUUGGAAGUGUGACAUGUAUCAGUACCUCUGUAACGAACAUUGGACCCACCUUUGCUACUGCCACCCUUACCGAUACUGCAACGUUGCAGAGUAAGCGCGAGCUGUUUUUCAAAUCGGACACAGUGACCGGCGGCGGAGUGAGCGCCACGGGCCUGCCAACGGCCGCUCCGCCCGCCCCGCCGGUAGCCCCAUCAGCUCUCAAAGAUGCCCUCGCGAAGCGUUCCGCGACGCUGCCAGACCAGCAAGAGAACAGCCACCACGAACCGAACGGUACAGCGCCCGCUGCCAAACUCAGCAACAGUGCGUCAGUCGACGCAGGAAGACCAUCUGCGAUGCCUCCACAGAUGCCCGCACCACCGGUGCCGACGACAGCACCACCUGUCACUGCUCCGCUUAGGAGUACAGAGAAUAUUAUGAAGAAAUCUGAUCACCCACCAGUUGCGCCAAAACCUGAAUUACCUAAGAUAGAAAAACCCAAGACCAAAGAAUUAGAUGGAUACGUUGGAUUUGCGAAUCUACCAAAUCAGGUGUACAGGAAAGCUGUCAAAAAAGGCUUCGAGUUCACAUUAAUGGUUGUAGGUGAGACAGGAUUGGGCAAAUCAACGUUAAUAAAUUCGUUGUUCCUCACGGAUGUGUACGAUAAAGAUAAGCAUCCGGGCCCCUCUCUGCGCGUUAAGAAAACCGUGGGCGUAGAAACUAGUGUUGUACUACUCAAAGAGAAUGGCGUCAAUCUCACUCUCACGAUCGUGGAUACACCUGGCUUCGGCGAUGCAGUUGACAAUAGUAAUUGCUGGCAGCCCAUCAUCGAUUUCGUGGAAUCGAAGUAUGAGGAAUUCUUGAAUGCGGAGUCACGGGUGACGCGGAUGGCAGCACCACCGGACACACGGGUCCAUUGCUGUUUGUACUUCAUUGCGCCGAGCGGUCACGGUCUCAAACCCCUCGAUGUAGAGUUCAUGCAGCGGCUCAGCGAUAAAGUCAACAUCAUACCCGUCAUCGCUAAGGCCGAUACGAUGACGCCCGAAGAAUGCAAGGAUUUCAAAGAACAGAUCUUGAAAGAGAUAGCACAGCACAAAAUCAAAAUAUACGAUUUUCCCGAGAGCACGGGAGAAGAGGGCGAUGGCGCCGAGACCAGUAAAGCCUUAAGGGGCCGUGUGCCCUUCGCUGUGGUUGGUGCUAACACGGUUAUCGAACAGGACGGCCGUCGAAUCCGAGGCCGGAAAUAUCCCUGGGGAAUCGCUGAAGUUGAAAAUUUAGAACACUGCGAUUUCUUGGCACUCCGCAAUAUGGUGAUAAGAACACACCUUCAAGACCUUAAGGAUGUGACCAGCUCCGUACAUUACGAGAACUACCGAUGCCGCAAACUCGCCGGACUUUCGCACGACGGAAAACCGCACAGGAUGAAUUCUAACAAGAACCCAUUGGCACAAAUGGAGGAAGAGAAGAGAGAACACGAUUCUAAGAUGAAAAAGAUGGAAAUCGAAAUGGAACAGGUGUUCGACAUGAAGGUCCGCGAGAAGCGCGCCAAACUGAAGGAGUCCGAGGCGGAGCUGGCACGGCGGCACGAGGCGACGAGGCGUGCUCUCGAGGCACAGGCGCGUGAACUUGAGGACCGGCAGAGGGCGCUGCUCGCGGAACAGUCCGCUUGGGAGCGCGAGACCGGCCUUUCGCUCGAUGAUCUGCGACGACGCUCGCUCGAAGCCAACAGCAAGGAGACGGUCGAUGGCAAGGAGAAAAAGGAUAAGAAAAAGAAAGGUUUGUUUUAAACUCGCGUUUAAUCGCGUCGGCUUCGCACCCACCGUACUUGUUGCGUGACUAACAUCGAGUUGACUGUCUACAUGCUUCUCUCAGGACACGUUCGGGGGAACCUUUUAACUAACGGCCUUACUAACAAACAUUGGACAGCGGAUAAAUACUUACACAACGAUCUAACUCUUUCUGUCAUCAGUAAUUCGACAUACGAAAGAAGAAGACAGAAUUGCGUAACUAUACGACCGCUAUACAACGUUUAUUAGUAAGGGGGGAACUAUUUUGGCCCUGUGUAAACCACCCUCUAGGGGUCGUUAUGACACGAGAAAAAAAACACCAAUAUGUAAAUGAUGUGUCUUGACUUGAAACGAAAAAUGUUAUUAAUAAGAAAAAAUUAAACGUAUUUGAUCAUUAAAAUUACAUUUCUCGCAUUGUUAUUAUUCUAAUCGAAUCUUUAAGAGGGUUUUUUAUUUGGGCCAUAGUUAUUAUCGAUUCAAUUCUUUAGCAAGUUUAAAUUGUACUACCAGUGAAAUCACUGAAGCGGGGCAUGUAUAAUGCUUCCAAAAUGGCUAUAAACUACUUUCUGUAUAAUAUUAUGCAGGUUUUAAUGAGAUUUUAUUUAUACUUUCAAGGUAUGUACCCGAUAUAUCGUAAUAUUUUGAAGAAACGUACCUUAUAAAAUGAAAUAAGCAAUAAUAUUAUAGCCAUACUUUCGAGAUUCCACGAGAUUGGUGUUUUUUUAUAUAACUUAUUUAAAUGCAGUGCCAUUUCAAUAAAAUAUUUGAUGUCGCU